UUUCACUUUAACUUAUAUUAACUAGUAUAGACACACCUAUGAACAAUACAGAUAAUAAGUUUAUACUACGUGGAGUUCUUGAAGGGCACAAUGGAUGGGUCACCUCCAUUGUCACUUCUUCUAAGACAUCUAACAUGGUUAUUUCUGCCUCUCGUGACAAGUCUAUUAUUGUAUGGGAAAUGAAUAGGGAUGAUAUAAACUGUGGUGUCCCUCGUAAAGCUCUUGUUGGUCAUAAUAAUAUUAUUCAAGAUUUGGCAAUUUCUUCAGAUGGACAAUUUGUUUUAUCUGCCUCUUGGGAUCAUACACUUCGUCUUUGGGAUUUGGAAGCGGGUAAGACAGUACGUCGUUUCGUUGGACACGAAAAGGAUGUCUUAUCAGUUGCAUUCUCUGCUGAUAACCGGCAAAUUGUUUCUAGCUCUCGUGACAGAACCAUCAAGUUAUGGAAUACGCUUGGAGAGUGUAAACAUACCUUUAAGCAAUAUAAUCAUAAGGAUUGGAUUCCAUGUGUUCGUUUCUCUUGUAAUCCGAAUAAACCCAUUUUUGUUUCUUGUGGAUGGGAUAAGCUUGUUAAGGUUUGGAGUAAUAUCAAAUUGAAUGUAAAGAAAGAAUUUGUUGGACAUAAUGGAUAUCUCAAUACACUCGCUCUUUCCCCAGAUGCAAAGUUAUGUGCCUCUGCUGACAGAGACGGGGUUGUGAUGAUUUGGGAUUUAGAUGACGGAAAACAUCUUUUGUCAUUGGAUGUUGGUAAGGAAGUCUUUAGUUUACUUUUCUCUCCAAAUCGCUGCUGGCUUUGUAUAGCUACAGGAGCCUCUAUUAAAAUUUGGGAUACUGAAGAAGAGAAAUUUGUAGAUACUUUAACUCCUGACUCAAGUACCAUCACUAUGAACAAACCACAAGCACCUCAUCUUCCUAACUGUCUUUCUCUUGCUUGGAGUAUGGAUGGUAAUACUCUUUAUUCUGGUCAUUCAGAUCAUCUUAUUCGUGUUUGGCAAGUUAUCUGCGCUUUAUAAAACUGAAAAAAAAAAAGCACAUGUAAUUUGUGCAACAUGUCAAAAGUAAAAGAUCAUACUACAAGUGAUUGUUUCAUUUUUCAUAUUAGCUAAUAAUGAUAAUAAUAAUAAUAAUAAUAAUAAUAAAAAA